UCUACGGAAAGUGAGAAAAUGGCGUAUUGUCAGAGGCACCCAUCACGUUGAUUGUUUUAGGAAUAGUAAUGAAAACUCGGGAUAACAAACAACUGUGAUGUUUAUUUGUUAAAAGAAGUGUUUAUGUAGUGAACUGGGGUCAAGAUGGCUAACAAUAUGUACCGUGUUGGAGAUUAUGUAUAUUUUGAAACGUCAUCUACAUCACCAUAUCAAAUUAGAAGAAUAGAAGAGUUAAAUAAGACCCCCAGCGGUAACGUGGAAGCCAAGGUGAUGUGUUUCUACAGACGCCGGGACAUCUCCUCCUCCCUCAUCAUGCUGGCAGACAAACAUCAGAAAGACGGUCACGGGAAUUUGGACCUGUGCCGGGGGUUUAAGAAGCUGUUAAAGGGUCAAGAGACACAGGGCCCAUGCCUGAGUGAGACUGUCACACAAGAGGCAACUCAACAAGGUGCCUUAGACGAAGAUGAGAGUGACAGCGAGGGAACUGAGUUGGGAGGGUCUACCAUCGUCACGCCCACCGGCGAGACCCUCAACUCCAAUGAAAGACACCAGUUACGCCACCGUGAACUCUUCCUCUCCCGCCAGAUAGAAACCCUCCCUGCUACACACAUACGCGGCAAAUGCACAGUCACAUUACUCAACGAGACAGAGUUAUUAUUGGCCUAUCUCAAUAAAGACGAUACCUUCUUCUACUCCCUGGUUUAUGACCCACAGCAGAAAACACUAUUAGCAGAUAAAGGAGAAAUUAGGGUUGGCUCAAGAUAUCAAGCAGAUAUUACAUCAUUAUUAAAAGAAGGUGAGGGUGAUGGACGUAAUUUGGAAGAAUUGGAAAGCUUGGUAUGGACCCCGGGGCAUGGCCUCACAGAUCGACAAAUAGAUCAAUUUCUUGUGAUGUCACGGUCAGUAGGGACGUUUGCCCGUGCCCUGGACUGCUCAUCCUCAGUCAAGCAGCCAUCACUGCACAUGAGUGCAGCAGCUGCUUCUAGAGAUGUCACGUUGUUUCAUGCAAUGGACACCCUACAUAAGCACAACUACGACAUUAGCAAAGCACUUUGUUCUUUAAUACCUGCUACGGGGCCAGUACUAUGUCGAGAUGAAAUGGAAGAAUGGUCGGCGUCUGAAGCUAAUUUGUUCGAGGAAGCGCUUGAAAAGUAUGGGAAGGACUUUAAUGAUAUCAGACAAGAUUUUCUACCAUGGAAGACCCUAAAGAAUAUAAUAGAAUACUACUACAUGUGGAAGACAACAGACAGAUAUGUACAGCAGAAAAGAGUGAAAGCAGUGGAGGCAGAGUCCAAGCUUAAGCAGGUCUACAUUCCUAACUACAACAAACCCAACCCAGCAGCACUCUCAAAUGGCAAGACACCAUCGAUGGUGAAUGGUGCAGACAUCUCUGUGUCUGGCAAGGCCUGUGAGUCAUGUCAUGCAACCAACAGCAGUCAGUGGUAUGCCUGGGGCCCCUCCCACCUACAGUGUCGUUUGUGCAACUCCUGUUGGCAAUAUUGGAAGAAAUUUGGUGGCCUCAAGCUUCCCUCACGAAUUGGAAAAGAAGAAGCUGAUAUUGACAGUGAAAGUGGAAGAAAAAGUGCUGAUAUAUUUGGGGAAGAACGACUGCACAGUGGUGGCAGUCGUUCACAGCGGUGUAAUGUGGGUGGGUGUGGCCGGGAGUACAAGACACGCUCGCAGUUAAUUCGUCAUGCUGCCCAGGCUCACGGUGUGGCCCUACGAGCUGGUUCACCGAGACCCAUCAUGAAAACAAGGGCAGCCAUCAUGGUCCAUACUAGCCUUCCCAUUCGCGUCAUGCGACGGCUUUGUGAAGAUUUAAUCCAACCUAGGAAGGCUUGCCGCAAUCCAACGUGGCCCGUGAAUGCCACUAAUAUCCGGCAAGAGAGUCUCCUGCGCAUGGGUGGGAAAUCCUUUGAUGAUUUUGCAUACCUGGUGAAGCGUGGGACGGGGCGGCGACGAGGGAGAGUGUCUCAGGUCUCUGUCCGCUUAGGUCAGAAGAACUCUUCUUGCCCCGCCUGGAUGCUCCCUACGGACAAGUCACUCCUUCCCAAACAACCCCACAUUGCAUUCCCAAAACCUCCCAAGGGACCAGAUGGCAGCCUGAUAUACACGCCAGUGCCCAACAAGGAGCUUCCUGUUGUGAAUAAUACUUCCCCAACACUUCUAAAAAGGCGAGCAUAUGAAGAAACCAAUGGCAUGGACGAGGGCGAAUUGGAAGAAGAGACUGGUGGUCGAGGAGACCCUUGGGGAGAGAAACUGACUGUGCACCCCCUAAAAGGAGUCCAACCAGCAAAGCGGCAGAAGGACUUGGAGGGGCUGGACUCUUUACAUCUGAAUCAACUGGGGGUCAUCCCUCCACCAGGGCUGACGGUUACACCAGUGGGGGUGAAUGGGGGUCCUGGAGUGCCACCCCCGGGAGUCCCAACACCCCCUCUGGCUGGAGUUCCCAACCUGGGAGCCCCAAGCACGCCAGGACGAGCCAAGAUCGCCACAGUAUCACGCGUGGGAGGUCGCCCUCGGAUCAUCUCCUGGAUGGACGCCCCUGAUGAUGUCUAUUUCUAUGCUACAGACACCACCAAGAAAUUGCGCAAAAGUUUAACGACCAACGACCUGAAGCGGGCAGCCCGACGACCUUGGAAAAAGAUUCAGGAGAAAGAGCUCUCACCUUCCACACCAACGCCAGCAAGCACACCUAUCACACAUAUUACCAGUGAAUGAUCCGAACAGAACUACAGGAAAAUGAGGACUCGAUCCCACCCCCCAACCCCCUGAGCUAAUCAGCUGAGCGACAACACAUUCCCUGCUGGAGUGCUUGGGAUCAUCUGUGGACGCUCCAAAGUGGCUGGUUUGCUGCAUCACAUAGGUAGUGACUUGUGUGCACAAGCUGAACACUUAAAAGUGCAGUGUGGUGUACCAGUGUAUGUGGUUCACUGGUGAAGUGUUGCUGUGGAGGAAGUUAUUCCAGAGAGGACUCUCCAGCUCUCUCGCCCCCAUCCCCCAGUCUGCGUUAGAUUCCAGUACUGUAUAGAGAAACAGUGAGUGGCAUGAUCAGAAUCCCCAAGAGGGCAUGGUGCCCUAAAAAAGGGAAUGUUAGCGCAAAUUAUAACUGGAUACAAACUAAACUACAAAGUCAAAAGCCAUUUUCUAGGCCCAUGGUUUGUCUUCAUUAAUAAAAGGUUUAUUAAGUAACGCGAGGAGUUUGGAGUUUGCUACAAUUACCUUUUCCUCCUUCGGCCUCGUGGUACUGCAAUGUGGAACUUCUACUGAUGGAAGAAUCAAAGUUCAAAAACCCUCUUAUAUUUGUUAUGAGAGGCAUAUUGUAUGAGUGGAAGCUUAAAGGCUUAUGCAAGAUGAUGGAUCUGUAGACUAGUUCUCUAGGCUGACUCACAGGUAGUUAAAAGUGUGAAUCCGUGAGGAGUACCUGAGGAAAAAGCAACAUCCAAGAUGAUGCUUCGUUGACGAGAUGAUCUGACUGGAUUACUGAGGUAACAAAUGUCAUGGCUGAAGAACAGUGUUUGUUGAAGCGUUGUCGGUCUUCAAGAUUUAUAAAAGAGGGAAAACACAUAAUGUGUGAUAAAAUGAGUAACAAGAAAAGUAAAUUUUUAUCUAAAGAUCAUGCUGUGUGCAGAAAUAUGAUGAGGAAAGUUGAUUGCUGCCCAAGUUGGUCAAUGAAUCCCAAGUACCACCACUCAAAGUUCAAAGUGAAAAAUAACAAUAACUUUAUUCAGCACCCACACUAUUUUUUAUUCAGACUUUUUUGUGUACAUAUGGUUGCCGCAUGUUCAUCAUGAAAUUUUCAGUGAUUCGUAGUGAUAUUAGUGAUAAUUUGUGUACUUUGUAUUUUGUCCAAUUGAAGAUUUUCUGCACCAGUAUCAAUUUUUGGACUGGGUAUAAGACUUCCACCAGCGCUGUGUUGUGAUCACUCAACACCUAUCCCAAGGUUCAGGAAUGACCCUUGGCCGGGUUGCACUCUGUGGUGGCAGUGUUGGUGCCUGCCCCUUGCGAGGAUAGCAAGAACUCUUUGUCGAGGGUCAGUCUCCCUUACAAUCCAUCUUUUUACUGUAGUCUUUACCUGCACAGAUCAGUUCACCUUUCUCUACUUCCAUUUUCCCCCACAGGUAUUUAUUUUACAGUGACUCGUCAGACUUAAAUUUUUAUAAAGAAUUUGUAAAUUAGUAAAAAGAGGUUUCAUUGCACUCAGAAGAUUGUAGUCAAAGCUGCUCUUCAACCACUGAUGUGUGGCCUUCCCACCAGUGCAUCAAAGUAUUAGAAAAAUGGUUAAAACAUCACCUAUCAGUUAUUCACCCAUUUUUUUGUUUUGUUCAUUUGUUGAUGUGAUAACUGUACAUUUACACAUUUAUAUGUCUUGCUGGGUUUAUAUCGUGCUGCUAUAUUCUCAGCGUGUAUCUGAGGAAGGACUACUUUUAUGUACAAUAAUUUAAAUCAUUAACUCUAGUCUGAUUGCAUAAUUUACCUUUAGAAUAGGAAUCUGCAAAUUAAGCUGAGUAUAGGUAUUUUUAUAGCAAAUAAAAAAUAUAGCUAAGUUUAUAGCAGCAGCAUUACCCAGACCUGUCCUAAAUUGUCCCUUCUAUGGACAAGUGAUGCCAAGAGCCAAACCUCGAGUCCAGCAGAGGGAUUGUGAUGGAUGGAAAACAUGAGACACUCAUCAGAUUUUGUAUGGAUAUGCUAAUUUUUGUUCUGUACUUAGUUCAUUCAUUCAUUCAGCCCUCUACAAUACAUAGAUAGACUUUGUAA